ACCUCGUGCCCCCCCCACUUCGUGAGUCUUGUCGUCAUGUCUUUGUGUUAUCUUCUUUGAAGAAAGUCGGCAUAGGUCAUCUUUGAUAUCUACUCAUGUCACUCCAAAGUCGCCGUCGAAGGCCCUGUCAGAAUCAGAACAGCGACAAAUGGAAGAAGCCCUGGCGUCUAUACGAUUACGGGCUCGACAUAAUGACCCUUAUGAAGAUUGGGAAAGAAACGUUAGGCGAGAAUCUUUCGUACGUGUCCAGUUCCGUCGCAAGAUGAUCUAGCUAAACUAUAAUAGCGAGCUGCCCGGAAAAAUCACACCACUUCCCAGUCACUCCUUCACGAUGCUCAAGACAAUGCCAAACGACAACAAAUGGAACUACUCCAAGCGAAACACGCGGAGGAACAGCGUGCCGUUGAUGCGAAACUGUCCGAAUGGCGGUCUAGACAUCAGCAAAACGAAGCUGUAAUGCGUCAACGGUGGAAAGAACGACAGGAUACAUUGUGGCAACGCAUAGAUGCGGCAAUUGCUCUAGACGCUGGGAAAGUCAAAAAGAAAUUGGAAGAAGAACAGCGUAUACGUGAUGAGGAGCAGAGAAAGAUCAAAGAGGCCGAGCUGAAACGGCGGUUGGAAGAGGAGAAGAAACGUGCAGACGAGGAGAAGAAGCGUCAAGAGGAGGAGGCUGAGAAGAGGAAAAAGGAGGAAGAAGAGAAGAAAGAGAGGGAGGAAACGGAAAGAGUAGAGGCUGAGAAGAAGGCUAGGCAAGACAAACUCGAGGUACAGAAAGGGACAAGAGAACAAUUGGGCAUGAGUACUGCAGACCAUGAUUGGCGCGAGGCUAGGAAGACUCUACAGGCGCUCAAGGCCGAAGUGCUUUCUGUGGCUAAGAACAAGCACGGGAACUCGGCGGAGAUGAAAUCGACAUGGGGUACCUUCCGUCGUCAAAUUACCCCCAAGAUGGGACAGUUAACGCAUGAUGAAGCUACUAUUAACCGCAUUACAACACAGCUCGUCCAAAUUAUGCUACCUCCACAAGGACAUCAUCCUGUCAUCUACGCCGCUCUUUUGUCCACUCUCGCCAAGGCCAUCAUUCUCCAGGCCGAAACCGAAGUGACGGCUGAGAAGAAAUCCGCUUAUCCACUAUCUAAAGUCGCGUUCAACCUCCUUGAGACACUCGACGGUUUUAACCAGGUCUUCUGGGCGCGAAUUGUGGCUCGGACUGGGGGAUGGGCUGUGCCUACUCUCAUCGGCGAUCGCGAUUGGGAUGGGAAACCAUGGAGUAACGUGGUCGAGAAGAAGAAAGCGAUGGGAUAUCGGCAGCAGACAGCUGACAACGGCGAUCUUGUGUGGGAGACUGAGGAAAUGUACAUUUUGCGACUAAACGGGGUUAUGAGAGUAUACUUUGGUGUACUGGCGAUUCAACCACAAAAGGGCCCGUUGAAUGGGCCCAUGUGGCGGACGCCGAUGUUUUGGGUGUGGAUCGCUAGGCUCCUUGGCUCAGACGGCGGAGGACGGGCUAUGCUGGAACGGGCAGUGGGAGCGGAGCUUUUGGCUACUGGCUUGUCUGUUCUCGGAUCCGAUGCUAAGGAUAUGUGGGGUCAGCAGUUUGUGAAAAUGUUGGCGCUUAUCCAUGAAGGCAGUACCACGGGGAUGGGCGAUGGCAAGAAGAUUGGGGGUAGUACUACGGAAGGUUCUGCCGCAAGAGCGAGAGUCUUACUAGAAGUGGAGCGAAUUAUGGGGUCAUAGGUACGAGCUGAGCUCUAUCACUGAGCCCCUCCUUUGAGGGUGUCUGACUACCAUUUUCACAGUGCUGUUCAGAUAUAUUUAGAGUUUGUGUAAUCUAGUCCAUCGUGAACUCAAUAUGUGCAUAGCGACGACGGAUAUAACGUUCUCUUUGAGUUUACAUUCCAAACGUCAAA